GUACAGUGAACUAAAUAAUACCACUACUACUACAACUACUACGGCUCUGUAUUGUGUUAACAUAUUACCCGAGAUUAAGAUCCUAACUAUAUCUAUAUAUGUUCGACUUCGACUUUGACUUCAAAGUCUCACGUUCCAAUCUUGUUCCUUAUCCAAAUACCUCGAGUCCUCAUCACGUCGCAUUUAAUCUAUUACAAUAAAGAUAACUCUUCACCCAACUGACCCUUUAUACCUCCAUUAUCACUAGGAGCUCUGACCAGAAUCUCUCACGGCACCUCAACUCCUCCAAACCAGAUACUCCAUAAUCCAAAAAGAUGGAUGACUACCAAAAAUACCGUCUUGCCGACACGCUCAACCACCUCUCCUAUUCCGACCGAUUGUCCAUCCUCGAACUCUGCCUCUUUGACAACCGCUCCAAUUGCCGACAAGUCAGUUACCAAAUUGAAAUCAUGAGUGAACGUCGAUGGCCUACCGAGCGAUCGCGACUUCAAAUUUUCCAGGAAUGGCGGGCACAGCUGGAAGAGACAGAAGAUGAGUUACGCAGAAUUAAAGAAUAUCAUCUCAUGAUGAUGAAUCCCCAAAGAUAUUCGACAGACCAAAGUGACACUACAACUCGGAAUGAAAACAGGUGGUCCGUAUUUUUGCGAAGCUUUGGUAUCAUCCCUUGAAGUUUGGAUUGUGCUGUGGUGUCAUCAGUGACAUGGGGGACUAGCUUUUGUGGUUCGGAUUGCAAUUUGAUCUUUGCGAGGAAGGCCAGAGGUGUUGACUUGACAAGAUACAUAAUUAGAGAGUCAAAUACGAAUUGCAAUGGUCUUGGGUUCUCUGAGUUCUAUUCAUCAGAUUUUUAUGGAGCUCGGAUGCAGCUCAAAGGCAACAUACUGGCUGCGAGCAAGUAACUAGACAAUACUGCAAGGGGUUUGAUUCUCGGA